CAGAAGCUCCUUUUACAACAACUGUAGCACCAAUGACUUUAGGAACAACAGUCCCAACAACAACUGCAGCUAAUUCCUCAACUUUAGCUACUUCAAUGCCAAUCCCAACUGCAGCUCCUACAACAACAACUCUUGCUCCUACGACCUCGACAACUUCAGCACCAACUACUUUAUUCACAACUGCAGGUCCUACUACCAUUUUACCUCCUUCGACAACCACAACAACAUCCACUACAGCAACUGUAGCUCCUACAAUGUCAAUCUCAAUUGCAGGUCCUACUACCAAUUUAACUCCAACGACAACCUCAACUGAAGCUCCAACAGACAUCACAACUGUAGCUCCUAUGCACCCCACAAUUGCAACUUCAACUGUUGAAUCACCUACAACAACAACUACAGAUGCUUCCACAACCACAACUGCAAGUCCUACUACCAUUUUGACUCCUAAGACAAUCACAACUGAAGCUCCUACAGAAAUCACAACUGUAGCUCUUAUGACCCCCACAAUUGCAGCUUCUACUUCAACAACUGUUGCUCCCACGACCACAACUGCAGCAUCUCCUAUAACAACAACUGUAGAUGCUUCCAUAAACACAACAGCAGCACCUACUACGUCAAUCACAACUGCAGGUCCUACUAACAUUUUAACUCCAACGACAAGCACAACUGAGGCUCCUUCAGAUGUCACUACUGUUGCUCCUUUGAACCCCACAAUGGCAGCUUCUUCUUCAACAACUGUUGCUCCCACGAUCACUACAACUGCAGAAGCUCCUACAACAACAACUGCAGCUGCUUCUACAUUUACUACUGCAUUCCCUACUGCAACCACAACAGAAGCUCCUUCUACAACACCUGUAGCACCAAUGACUUUAGGAACAACAGUCCCAACGACAACUGCAGCUAAUUCCUCAACUUUAGCUCCUUCAACGCCAAUCCCAACUGCAGCUCCUACAACAACAACUCGUGCUCCUAUGACCUCUACAACUUCAGCACCAACUACUUUAUUCACAACUGCACGUCCUACUACCAUUUUACCUCCUUCAACAACCACAACAACAACUGUAGCUCCUACAAUGUCAAUCUCAGCUGCAGGUCCUACUGCCAAUUUAACUCCAACGACAACCUCAACUGAAGCUCCAACAGACAUCACAACUGUAGCUCCUAUGCACCCCACAAUUGCAACUUCAACUGUAGCAUCACCUACAACAACAACUGCAGAUGCUUCCACAACCACAACUGCAAGUCCUACUACCAUUUUGACUCCUAAGACAAUCACAACUGAAGCUCCUACAGAAAUCACAACUGUAGCUCUUAUGACCCCCACAAUUGCAGCUUCUACUUCAACAACUGUUGCUCCCACGAUCACUACAAUUGCAGAAGGUCCUACAACAACAACUGUCGCUGCUUCUACAUUUACUACUGCAUCCCCUACUGCAACCACAACAGAAGCUCCUUCUACAACAACUGUAGCACCAAUAACUUUAGGAACAUCAGUCUCAACGACAACUGCAGCUAAUUCCUCAACUUUAGCUCCUUCAAUGCCAAUCCCAACUGCAGCUCCUACAACAACAACUCUUGCUCCUACUACCUCUACAACUUCAGCACCCACUACGUCAUUCACAACAGCAGGUCCUACUACCAUUUUGCCUCCUUCGACAACCACAACUGUAUCACCUAUGACAACCACAACAACAUCCACUACAACAACUGUAGCUCCUGCAAUGUCAAUCUCAACUGCAGGUCCUACUACCAAUUUAACUCCAACGACAACCACAACUGAAGCUCCGACAGACCUCAUAACUGUAGCUCCUAUGCCCCCCACAAUUGCAACUUCAACAACAACUGCAGAUGCUUCCACAACCACAGGUGCAGCACCUACUACAUCAAUCGCAACUGCAGGUCCUACUACCAUUUUGACUCCUAAGACCAUCACAACUGCAGCUCUUAUGACCCCCACAAUUGUAGCUUCUACUUCAACAACUGUUGCUCCCACGACCACAACUGCAGCAGCUCCUAUAACAACAAUUGUAGCUGCUUCCACAAACAAAACAGCAGCACCUACUACGUCAAUCACAACUGCAGGUCCUACUAACAUUUUACCUCCUUCGACAACCACAACUGUAUCACCUACGACAACCUCAACAACUGUAGCUCCUACAAUGUCAAUCUCAACUGCAGGUCCUACUACCAUUUUCCCUCCUACGACAACCACAACCGAAGCUAAUAAAGAAAUCACAACUGUAGCUCCUACAACACCAAUCACAACUGCAGGUCCUAAAACCAUAUUAACGACAACCGCCACUGCAACUUCUACUACAACUACAAAUGCAGGUCCUUCAACCACCACAACUGCAGCUCCUACAAGUACAACCACAAUUGCACUUCCUACCUCGACAACCACAAUGGCAUCAUUUACCUCAACUUCUACGGCUUCAGUGGCAUCAACUAGAUUUGGCACAGUGGUGGUUUUUGUAAGACUAGAGUUCCAGCUCAACACAGCAGUCCCCAGUAAGGAUGUCGUCCUUGGUGCCGUCGACAAGAAACUGUCUACACAAUUCAGGACCUUCAAAAUUCAAAGAAACACUCAAGCCACCCUCCAGAAUGCAACUUAUAUCAAACUUUCAGAUACUUCAUUUGCUGUUGAUCUUGGUUUCAAAAUAACCAAUGUAUCCAUGGAGGAGAGACUGCUUCAAAGUGCUAGAGUCACUUUCACCGAUGAUACCUACAGCCAGAUACAGGAUUCAAUUAACAGCCUACUGCAUGAUAUUCUCAGUGAACCAAACGGCAAACAAUUUGACUUUCCCAAAGCCAAAUUUAGUGUUGUUGGCAAUCAAAUCAGGGCAAACGUGACGUAUGUAUACAAAGAGAAAGACGUCAACCUCCCUAGUGCCUUUCUAGGGGAUGUUUUAAAAGUCUCAGGUCUCCUAACAACCACUGUUGCACCAACAACAACUACCAGCACCUCACCACCUACUACCCCUUUGCUGUCCACUCCUUUCAGUAUAAGUGACAGAGGUUUUCCUGGCUGGGCUCUGGCCAUUAUCAUCCCCUGUGGCAUCGCUAUCAUUCUGGUACCCCUGUGGAUCCUGCUAUGUUGCAUGCUAUGUGGCGGCUGUGCAGCUUUAAGGAGACGCUGGCAACAACACAGAGCUUACAACGUACAGUACACCACAAGAAACGGCAUCUUCUGAGGUGACAAGACUAUCAAAAUAACAGCCAAUCAUCUAUAUCUGCUCAUCAUCACAACAAAUAAUAUAUUUUUCAUGUAAUCCAUACACCAUUACGUUUGAGAAGAUCAAACACAGACUUGCUUUUAUUUUUAUAACAAAAUUGCAUUGUUCUUGAUAGGGUUAAUAGGUCACGUGUUUCCCCAAUGUACUACUUUUUAAUAUUAUACAGUAUUUCUCAUUUUAGUCAAAGCUACAGCUGAGCUGGUAUAUUAUGCAUUUAUGUAAUUUAAUCAUUUAUAUACACAGAAAUAUUAUUUUCGAUUUUUGUUAUUUCCCCUGCUGAUUUAAGCUAUUAAUUCACUAUAUUUGAAAGUCUGCAAUACAGCACUUGUUUCUUUAUCAUACAAUUUAACACAUGUAAUAAAAGCCUUUCAAAUCAA